CGGACUCUCACUCCGGCUUUCCAGUUAUCCGCCAGACACAAGUCCUCCAUGGUUUCAGCCGAGGGCUGCCCCGUCCUGCACGGCACGGAGGCCAACGUUGCGGUCAAAGAUUACAGCCAAGUCCCCGGCCCGAGACCAAUCCCGCUGUUGGGGAACACAUGGAGGUUUAUACCGUUUGUAGGGGAUUACCGAAUCGAGGAGGUCGAUAAAGUUUCUCUGCGGCUCCACCGACAGUAUGGCAACAUCGUAAAAAUAUCGGGUCUUUUGGGUCGUCCAGACAUGGUGUUCCUUUACGACGCCGACGAGAUCGAAAAAGUAUUCAGGAACGAAGAACUCAUGCCUCACAGGCCGUCCAUGCCCUCUCUUAACUACUACAAACACAAGCUCCGCAAGGAUUUCUUCGGGGAUGACGCGGGAGUUAUUGCUGUCCAUGGCGAAAAUUGGUACAAAUUCCGGACGAAAGUUCAACAACCGAUGCUUCAACCUCGAGUGAGCCGUCUGUACGUCGAACCGAUUUCCAAUACGGCCGAUGAGUUCAUCAGCAGGGUUCGAGAAAUUAGAGAUUCAAAGCUUGAGGUACCGGCUGACUUUCUGAACGAGAUUCACAAAUGGUCAUUAGAAUCAAUCGCUCGUGUGGCCUUGGACGUGCGGUUAGGAUGUUUGGAUGGGAGUAAAAUGCAGACGGAGACACAGGAGCUCAUUGACGCUGUCAACACUUUUUUCAAGAACGUCGGAGUCCUGGAAUUAAAGGUUCCAUUUUGGAAACUAUUCAGCACACCCACGUGGAAUAAAUAUAUCAACGCUUUAGAUAAAAUUACGAACAUCUCGAUGAAACACAUAUCCUCAAGGUUGGAAGAAUUAACGAAAGACUCCAAAGUUGAAGUAAAUGAGAAAUCAUCUCUAGUCCAGCGAGUUUUGGCUCUGGAUCCAAGUAAUCCAAAAAUCGCCGCAAUUCUGGCAUUGGAUUUGUUUCUAGUUGGCAUCGAUACGACAUCCGCGGCGGUGGCUUCGAUCCUAUAUCAACUCAGCACCAACGGUGAAAAGCAAGAGAAGUUGAAGGAGGAGAUAGACCGAGUUUUCCCAGGUCCUAACGACGAGAUUACCUACCAGAAGUUGGAGGAAAUGAGCUACCUCAAAGCAUGCAUCAAAGAAACUUUGAGAAUGAGACCCGUCGUUAUUGGAAACGGACGGUGCAUGACGCAAGACACAGUCAUUUGCGGAUACAACAUACCCAAAGGCGUCCAAGUGGUGUUCCAGCAUUACGUCAUCAGUAACAGCGAUCGAUACUUUUCCGAGCCGGAAAAAUUCCUGCCGGAAAGAUGGCUGAAGAGUAGCAAAGAGAACCACCAUCCGUUCGCAGCUCUGCCGUUCGGCUAUGGACGGAGAAUGUGUCUCGGUCGACGAUUUGCCGACCUGGAAAUUCAAACUAUAAUCACAAAGAUGAUCCAAGCUUUUAAAAUCGAGUACCACCAUGGGGAAUUGGAGUACAGGAUACAUCCUAUGUAUAUGCCCGAUGGACCACUUCGAUUUAAAUGUAUCGAUCGAUAGGCAAUGGUCGAUUGAUCGAUGAUUGUGAGAGUUCGCGUGAGGAGGCUAUAACCUGCAGCCAUUCGAUCGAAUCGAACAUUUCGCUGGAAAAGGCCGAGAGCGGUGAACGAUGUAACGAUGUACACUUCGCGGUAUCCGUGAAAAUUGAAGGCGCAUUUGCUGAAUUCCAAUUUCUGUUUUUCCCGUAGUGUAGUAAUUGAGUUGCCUAAUUAGUUUAAUUGUUACCUGUUAUCCUCUAUUGAUGUUUCACGCUACAGAAAUUGGAGAGCUUACGGUUGUGUCCCGAAGAUCCAUUCCCAUCCGUCCGAAAUAUUGCAGAACUUUUUUACACUGUUUUAUUUGUAAAUUAAAAUAAAAUUUAACUUUUAUACCGUUGUGAA